GUUGUUGCCUUCUCUUUAAUGAGAUGUAUAUUAAACCAAGUGUUAGUUUCAGAGGAGGACACCUCAUUGGAUAUAGUGAGGACAAUCCCACUAAAAUUGCAAAAACGUUAUUAGUCUUUAUGAUUAAACCUAUGUUUGGUAAACCUUCUUUUGUUUGUAGAAUUGUACCAAUAUUUAAACUGUCAGUGCACUUUCUUCACGAUUUGAUUAUAAACAUAAAUAAACAAAUAAUUGAUGCAGGAGGAGAAUUACUGUGUCUUUUAUCAGAUAACCGUCCCACAAAUCGAAGUGUUUACCAAAAUUUCGUUGUUAAUAAAAGUUUUCCAUGGCAAGGUGUUAUAGAAAAAGAAAAACUAGUUAUUAUGCUACACGAUCCAGUUCAUUUGUUUAAAAGUAUAAGAAAUAAUUGGUUUACGGAAAAAACACAAACAAUUAGUUUAAAAAUUAAUAAUCAACCUCUCUCUGGUGAUUGGUCUCACAUUGUUCAAUUAUAUAACAGACAGAAAACUUGUGUUGCCAAAACUACAAAGCUUUCACGCAAGUCAGUGUACCCUAGUUUGAUUGAUAGACAAAAUGUCGCAAACAUGGUUGCUGUAUUUAAUGAAAAAACUGUUGCAGCAUUGAGAUUAGCUAAUUUUGAGAACACUGCCUGUUUUUUAGCACCAAUUGUUUCAUUAUGGAACAUGCUAAAUGUAAAGAGGAAAGGUUGUGAUGUUUUACUUAAUGAUAUCAUUAGGUCUCCUUUCCAGACAAUCGAUGACCUUAGAUUUAAAGAAAUUUUAGCAUUUGCUGAUGCAACUUCUAAGAUGUCAGAGGGAAAGGAAUUAAAGCGUCAUAAUACUUUUACACCAGAAACAAAACAUGCUUUAGUUAACACCCUACAAGGAUUGGUAGAAUUAAUAAAAAAACUGCUUUCAGAAGAUCACCAAUAUGUUCUUCCCGGUAUUUUUCAAACAGAUCGUCUUGAAGGUGAAUUUGGCAUCUACAGACAACUAAGUGGCGGAAAUUAUUUUAUCUCAGCAGAACAAGUAUUGAACAGUUUGCACCUUCAGCGGUUAAAAAUUAUUCAGCAAAAUAGUUUCUUUGGAUGAAACUGACAUUCAUUGCUCACGCAUACAUUCAGACUGUUGCACAAUGGAUCUAUUGGAAGAGGAUAUUAUUUAUUUAGAUGAAUGUUUAAUUAAUGCAGACAAUGAAUCUAUUAAUGAUCAGGAGGAUGCUGCCCUUUUUUAUA